CGAAGCUUCGUGGAAGUUGCCAUGGCACUAGCAGGUUUCCUGCUUUUUAACCCCCCGACCUUCCUCCCUUCUUCCACUCAAACCUCUCUUCUGCCUCUCUUUCUCUCUCUGCUUUCCUUUUCAGCUACUCCUUUGCUUAUUUUGGGUCUCUCAUUUUCGCCAUGAAGAUCAUUCAGAUCAACCCGAAAAACAUCAAUCUUAACCCGAAACACCUCUUUCGGUCCAAGAAAAGCCGGUCCUCCCCGUCCAAGGACGACCCGUCUUCGUUCGGCUCCGUCGCGUCCGCGUCUUCGUCUUCUUCCUCGAGUUCCGACGCCUCCACGUCAAAUGAAAAGCCCCGGUCCGGCCUCGGAGUUGCCGAUCUCGGGACACCGAGGAGCGUUUUGCCCAGAAUAUCGGGUGACUGGUCCGAUUCCUCGGCAGAUAUUCAGUUGGACCAGGUGCAAGCGAUGGAGCAUGGAGUGGUGACGAGGAAAGAGCUGGAGGCGCUGCUGAGCCGGCUGGGUGUGGAGCCCCCGAGCGAGGAGGAACUGACGAUGAUGCUGAGGGAGGUAGGUGGGGACGGCGAGGGGUGCAUAAGCCUGGAGGCGCUACUGAGCCGGGUGGGCUCAGCUUGCGACUCGGAGCUUCGCGAGGCCUUCGACUUCUUCGACGCGGACCACGACGGUCGGAUCUCGGCCGAGGAGCUCUUGGGGGUCUUCAGGGCCAUAGGGGACCGGUGCACGUUAGAGGACUGCCGGCGCAUGAUAGCCGGGGUGGACAAGAACGGGGACGGGUUCGUGUGCUUCGAGGACUUCUCGCAGAUGAUGGGGCUUCAGAGAUGAUCUCAACCUUGAUGAUCGUGUGGCUCCUGAUGAUGAUGUAUUCUACUACCUUUCUUUUUCGUUGGGACUUUUGGGUGGGGAUUUGGUUGUGUGGUUUUCUUGGGGGUGAGAACCGUGAGAUCUGUAAGGAGAUUGAAGCAUGAAGAUGAACAAUUUUCUGGAUCAAUCGGACGGCUAUUAUUGUUACCUGA